GGUGACAGACAGCGGUGCAAAACAUCAACAGCCACCGCCUGUACUGGAUUUACUGUUACUGAUAACGAAUCUAUCUACUGUUUUGUUUUAAAUAACGGUUCUCUGUUCAAACUAUUUUAAUUUUAUUUGGACGCACUAAGACUCAUCAAAAUGAAUCCGUUGUGUGGUAGAUGUAACCGAGUCGUGUAUCCUACGGAAAAAGUGAAUUGCCUUGACAAGUUCUGGCAUAAAGGAUGCUUCAGCUGUGAAGUGUGCAAGAUGACUCUAAACAUGAAGAACUACAAAGGCUUUGAUAAGAAACCAUACUGCAAUGCACACUACCCUAAAACGUCAUUCACGAGUGUUGCUGACACUCCAGAAAACCUGCGCCUGAAACAGCAGAGCAAGAUGCAGAGCCAGGUGCUUUACAAAGAGGAGUUUGAAAAGAACAAAGGAAAAGGGUUUAGUGUUGUAGCUGACACGCCAGAGUUGCAGAGAAUCAAGAAAACACAAGACCAGAUCAGCAACAUUAAGUAUCAUGAGGAUUUUGAGAAGAGCAGAAUGGGAGGAGAAGCUCCCCAUCCACUGCCUCAGCAAAAAACAGCUCCAGCGUAUCAACCUCAAGCUACAUCAAAGAAUUAUCAUUAUGAGCCUGAACCAGUGCGCCCGGCUGCUGCAGCUCCCCCUCCUAGCUCUGGGAGGCGCUAUCGGGCCGUGUAUGACUACGUCGCAGCUGAUGAAGAUGAAGUUUCAUUCGUGGACGGAGACGUGAUCGGAGACGUGCAACCCAUCGAUGAAGGAUGGAUGUAUGGAAGAGUGGAGCGCACUGGCCAGCAGGGCAUGCUUCCCGCUAACUAUGUGGAGGCCAUCUGAGAAAGUGAAUGAGAAAGGGAUAGAGUAAGAGAGAGGGAUAGAGAGAAAUGGAUAAAAGAAAGCCCCUGCUAUUUCUUAUUUCAAGAACUUUUUUUCUUUCUUUCUUUCUCAUUCGUGCUAUCUUAUUAAAGCAUCUACGCUGACGAUCCAUACGCCGAACUCAACCGAACAUGCAUCCAUUAUCGAGCACAUGUAGUGUAUAGACAUGCACACGCAGGCUGUACACCUGCUUCUUGCUCUGCCUGCUCUGUCUCUCUCUGUUACUCCUUCUGUUGCUCUGUGUCUUUUCUCGUCGUUCUGUCUUGGAGCGGUGCUGUCACAAGUGGCACUUAAUGUCUUAACGGCAUACCCAGACACACCCACGCAGACCUCUAACCAUUUUUUUUUUCUUCCGAGGCCUGAUCUAUAUAUAGCACUUCGUGAACAGACUUGUCUUAGCCUCGUCAAUCAUUCCACGGUUGCCAUGACAAUGAGAAUCUUUUUAUUUUUAUUUAGUGUUUUUUUCUUCUUCUUUUUUUUUUGCAGCUCGUCAUAAAUAUCUGUCAUUCUAGCCCACGUGGGCAUCUCAGUUGACGUGACGUAGUAUUGACGCUUGAACAUGAGACUUCUGAGCAUUCCAUUUGUCCUACUCAAGUCUUAACAUAUUCAUCAGACCUCAUGGGUAUUGUAGUGAAACUGGAAUACAUGUAUUUAAAAAAAAAAAAAAAAAAAAAAACCUCUUCUGGCCUCUGUCCUUGUGUGAAUGGUGUGAUUGGUGUCUCCAUUCCGCAUCUUCAUCCCUUCACAUUUCACACCUUGUCUCUGUGCUCUAACAGAUGUGCGUGUGUUUAGAGUCUUUUGUUGCUCGCACUUACUGUUCAAGCUGUAGUCCUUACUCCUCUCGAUGGCGAAAAUAGACCCGCAGCACUCACACUUCACAACUUAACAAUAAGAGAAGCCAAAGCACAAUCGGAGGACUAUUUUAGAAGACCAGUUAAGCCUAGUCUAGGACUAAAUAUCACUGUUGACAUUGACACUCUGUGGAAGAAAUGCUUUGUAGUCGUUGACUAAGCUGAAUCUGUGCCUGAAAACUAGCCCUAGAUCUUUCUUUUUUUUUUUUUUUUUUUACUAUUUCAGUUUUCUUAUGUUUUGUAACAUUCCAUGUGCAUUGUAUGAUGUAUCCCAGCAUGUAUCUGCACUUUUCUAUAUGAAGUAAUUGUUUUUUUUCCCUUACAUUCCAUUACCCUCCAUUACCUUGUUGGUAUUGUAUGAACUGGAUUUGUAAUGUCAGUUAAUCCCUGUGUAAUAAAACAGAUCUAUUUGUAUAUCAA